UAUUCCAUCAACGCGAUUCCGUUGCCAGCAACACGCCGAAGUUCGUCUAUACUUUGUUCUCGGGCCGAACAUUUCUCCCGCGUCGCUAGUUUCGGGUCUUCCUUUCUCGUAGCUUCGUCUCCCUCCGAGACUAUUUCACGCGCGUCUCGCCUUUUUUUCCUGGCCGUUUCCAAAUUCUAUCGGCGUUUCGAAAAAACCGCGUGGUUCUUUUUCCUGCGUUGCAAGAAUUACCGGACGUUUUUGCCUAAUCCUUUCCACUCGUUCUUCCUUUCUUAACCCCGUUUUACGCCUUUUCUAAUCGGAAUCGACGAUCGAGAAGCGCAACUAGCGAUAAAUUCUCCUCCGCUAGCAGCGAUCGACUUCUAACGCAUCCAGGAUGGCUUUGAACCACAAGAUCCUAGAUUCGCUGACAUGUAGACAAGUGUUAAACAUCAUGGUGAUCCUUGGUUUCAUGCUAAACUAUAUGCUACGCGUCAACAUGACGAUCGCCAUAGUAUCGAUGGUGAUUCCGAGCAACGAUACUUGGCGGUUGAACGAUUCGAGUAAAUCUGCCACGACCGAGUACUUCGAUCGUGGAAUCGCGGUAAACGUUACCUCGCUCGAUAAUGGAACAGCGACGAUCGCCCCUAAUCCCGCUACAGCUUCGUUCCCCUAUGCGCCUGCACACGAGGAAACGAAUCGGACCAGAUAUCCGUGGAACGAGUACCAAGUGAAUCUCGUGUUGGGUAGCUUUUUCUGGGGCUACAUAUGCACAGAGUUGCCAGGUGGCCGUCUCGCUGAAGUAGUAGGACCUAAAAGAGUGUUUGGAUACAGUAUGAUGGUAUCUAGCGCUAUUACGUUAUUAACACCUCUGUCGGCGACUUAUGGCUACAUCGCUGUCGUCGCCUUAAGAGCGGUGCUUGGAUUCAUGUUGGGAGCUACUUGGCCUGCCAUGCAGCCGAUGACCGCAAGGUGGAUACCACCGACGGAACGCAGCAAAUUCGUCUCGAAUAUGAUGGCUUCGUCGCUCGGAGCGGCGAUAACUAUGCCGAUUUGUGGGUUUCUAAUCGCUUACCUCGGUUGGGAAUCCGUAUUCUACGUAACCGGAGCGAUAGGCCUCGUAUGGAGCGUAGCUUGGUUUUUCUUAAUAUUCGAUUCUCCUAGACAACAUCCGAGAAUCACGAUCGAGGAACGCCAAUAUAUCGAAGACUCGAUCGGUUCUACUUCCACGACAAAGCGGUUGCCCGUUCCGUGGAAAUCCAUCUUUCUCUCGACUCCCGUUUGGGCUAUCGUGCUGACUCACUCGUGUAACGUGUUCGGUUACUUUACCGUUGUCAAUCAACUACCAACUUACAUGAAGUACAUCUUGAAUUUCAACAUCAAAGAGAACGGAUUAUUAUCCUCCUUGCCGUACCUUGGCAAAUAUAUCUUCGCCGUUACAACAUCCUCUGUGGCUGACUAUUUGUUCAAGACAAAGAAAUUGUCGGUAACGGCUAUUCGAAAGAUCUUCACCAGCUUCGCCGUGUUAAGUCCAGGGUUAUUGAUGAUCGUGCAAGCAAAUUACGGAUACGAUCGCAUUACGUCCGUAUCGAUUUUCACUAUUGCUCUGACGAUCAACGGUGCAGUAACAGCUGGAUAUCUGGGGAACAGUUUAGACAUUGCACCCAACUUUUCAGGCACUAUUUUCGGCAUGAUGAACACGCUCGGUUCCCUAGGCGGAUUUCUAAGCAGUUACAUGGUCGGCUCGUUAACCUACAAAAAUCAAACCUAUUCAGGAUGGAGUAUAGUUUUUUGGAUAUUAGGGUGGAUUUAUUGUCUUGGCGCACUUACGUUUACCAUUUUUGGUAGCGGUCAGUUACAACCGUGGAACAAUCCCGAGAAGAAGCAAGUACGAAAACAAAGCAACGUAAUCACCAUCGAUCAUCCGCAGGAAUUCGUUUCGCUAGACGAAAAGACUGUUCCUUAACGAAAUAAUUGAAAAAUAAAACUACAAUUUCAACUCAAAUGUAUGAUAACGUGAUAUUUACUAUGUUUUCAUAAACAAAACGUAUUACCA